UAAUGGUACUAUUCUAAAAUAUUAUUCAUAGAUCAGAUUCAUCUUACUUUAAAAUAGAUAAGGAAAAACCAGAUUAUCAAAGUGGUAUGUCUAUUAUGAUGAUGCUGAAAAAGUCAAACUGUAAAAUGAAGUCCAUAGAUUAAUUGUAUGCAGAGAUACUAAACACACUAAUUUCCUUGAAGUACACUUCUUUAUUCAUUACUAUAGUUUAGAAAUUACAAGAUCAUUUAUAAACGUUAUGCAGGCUUAUUUUUUGCUUUGUGUGUUGAUGUUUCAGACAAUGAGCUCACAAUGCUUGAAUUGAUACAUUUAUAUGUUGAAGUUUUAGAUAAAUACUUUGGAAAUGUCUGUGAAUUGGAUAUUGUCUUUAAUUUUAAUAAAGUAACAAAAAUAAUCAUAAUUUCAGGCAUAUUCAAUCUUUGAUGAGAUGAUUGUUGGUGGAGAGAUUAUUGAAACAUCCAAAUAAGUCAUAAUUAAUGCUGUCAAGAAUAUUGAAUUAUUAGAUUGA